UAUUGAAACUAAUAUCCGCUUGUGUGUCAGUAUCAUUUGCAAAGUCUUGUUGGGCUGUACGGAUGUGCUGGAGUGGGAAUUAAUAUGCCGCUUGCUAUUCUUAAGGAUCCAUGGCAACCUGUUCCAGUCAAAGAAGAAGAGCAAAUGGAGUGUCCAGAGGGCUAUUUUCAUAUUGUAAUAACUGCGAUUAAAUCGCCCAUUCCUUCCCCAGUGCUGACAAGAUCUGCUCUGCUUCGCCCUACCCCCACUCCACCCCGUGCCGCUCAUCCCCCAGUGUUACUCUUUGUGAUCCUGCUUUCUUUUGAUGAUGAAAACUUACAAAAUUUUAAUUUAUAG